AGCCAGGUAGAUACUGUAUUUUAUUUAAAAACAACUGACUGCUUAAGGCCAUUGCGAAAUUAAGUAAUAGUAGACACUAAUGUUUCGACGAAAAUGAAUAGAAAUAAAUCGAUAUAAGUUAGUAAACUUGGAAUGACACAACCCUUGUUUUGAACAGAUUGAAGAACUGCAUUGAAUAGCAUGAUUGAAAUUACGGGGAGAUUACGAUUUCCGUGGCCCCAUGUUUAGCGGUUAAAUUUGUGUUCUUGGGGUCAUUUAAAAAAAAAAAAAAAUGUAUAUGUCACGGGUAUCGAAUGGGCCUGGUACAGUCGGUAAAGUAGAUUUUCUGUUUUUUUUUAUAAACCUUGCAAAUAUCUCUGAAAUUAUCUGUCAUACACUGGAGUAACGUUUGACGUAAUCGAGAAUAAAGACAGUGGCCAUGAGCGGAUCAGUUGGACCGUUCUCUGAUCAUAGACAAGCAUUAUUGCAUACAAGUUCUACGUUAGCGAGAAUCCAUCUGUAUUAUUGUUGCCAAACCUAGUGUCGCGUAACGCGUAAUUUACAUAAAAUGUACUACAUAUGUAUACAUGUAUAUCUAACUUAAUAUCUCAGUGGCUGUUCAAGACACACGCACAACCUAAGACUGGUAAAUUUUUUCACAGAACAAGCGGCUCUCGUGAACAAUUUAGUGUCGCCCAGUUAGAUGAAUCGCCCUGUACAAUUAACAGUGAAGCUCAAAAAUUGUCGAAGACCUUCUUUGAGAUGAGGAACGAGCUACUGAACCACGACGAUUACAACGUCAUCGUCGUCGACUGGGCCGGAGGUAGCCUCCCACUUUAUACCCAGGCGACCGCCAACACCAGACUCGUAGGCCUCGAGAUAGCCCAUCUGAUCAAGCACUUGCAGACAAAUUAUAGACUGGAUCCGAACGAUGUGCACUUAAUCGGGCACAGUUUAGGGGCGCACACAGCCGGUUAUGCCGGUGAAAAAUUAAGUGGAAAUAUUGGCCGCAUCACAGGUUUGGAUCCUGCCGAGCCCUACUUCCAAGGAAUGCCAAGUCAUCUGAGACUCGAUUACACAGAUGCGAAGCUGGUCGAUGUCAUUCACACCGAUGGUAAAAGCAUCUUUUUCCUAGGACUUCCAGGAUACGGGAUGAGCCAGCCGUGCGGUCAUCUAGACUUCUAUCCGAACAAUGGCAAGGAACAGCCAGGGUGCACGGACUUGAGCGAGACGACACCAUCCUUGCCUCUGACGCUGAUCAGGGAGGGCCUGGAAGAAGCAUCGAGGGUGUUAGUGGCCUGCAAUCACGUGCGUGCCAUUAAACUGUUCAUCGAGAGCAUAAACUCUAGGUGCCAGUACGUAGCGCACGAAUGCUCCAGUUACGCCAGCUUUCUAAGAGGCGAGUGUUUCUCUUGCAAGAGCAACAACAGCCUCAGUUGCGGCGUAAUGGGAUAUCAUGCGGACAGUAGUCCAGCGCUGGUCAGACGUCAGGCAAUGGGGCACGAUGUCCUGUCGUUGCUGGGCUCGAAAUUCUUUUUCUCCACUGGCAAAGACGACCCCUAUUGCAGGAGACAUUAUCGAAUUACUAUCAACCUUGCGCGACCACCGACUGCGGAAAGCUGGGUUCAAGGUUUCAUGAAGGUCACUCUUCGCGCCGAAAAUGGUAUAAUGCGCGACGUCGAUCUCACCCCGAGCGGUUACAUGAAAUUGGAACACGGAUCGACGGUGCGAAUGGUCGUCGCGCAUCCAACCGGGGCGACCGGAGAAAUUGGAAAAAUUAGACGAGUCGAACUUUCAUGGAUGUACGACAUGGACGUCCUGCAGCCGCGAUCGCUGUGCUUUUUUUGGUGCAACGAUCGGCUUUACGUGAACAGCGUCACCGUCGAUGUUAUGGAGCUUCCAGGCAGAGGGAAAAGAGAGGCAGAUUUCACCAGUAAACUUUGUUCGGCGAGCAGACAAGAGUACGCAGAGAUUGCUAGUGGAUCCACAGCAUCGUUCAUCGAUAAUUGCUAACGCAGCGCCUUGAAUUUACUAAACAGUGGUAUUGAUUAUUAGCUCAAGGUAUUUUAAUGCUGUUCCUGUAGAAAGUAUGAUAAUUAAACGCUUGUAGCAGGAUAACGAACAUUGUAUAGAGUUUAUCCAGACAAAUUUAACACGUAUCUAUUUACAAAUCUAUGCUCGUUUCAAAGAGCGUGCUUCUGGUAAAAGUUCGUUUGGAAAAAUAUUUGCCUUCGAUUAUAAUCAUAUAAUAUAGAUACAGAGUGUUCGGCUAUUAAUGAUCAUCGUUUUAGAUGGCGAUUCUACGGACCAAAAUGAGACCGAAUCUGCGUUUGAGACUUUUUUUAGUUUGAGACCUGCUAGGUAUUGUAAUCAAUAGUAUUGCAAAAGAGAAAAACUGUCGAGAGUAUCUUUUGUACGAAAAAAUACGUUGUAAAACCUUCUGUAUGUACAUGUAGUUAUCACAAAAUUAUGAAAAAUGUAAUGUUUCGAGUAAUUAUAUCCAAAUGCCAUAGAAAUCUUUCCGUACAAAAAUGAAAAAGAAAGAUAGUAAUCUUUUCCAGAAUCUCGCUAUUUUGAAAGACUAUUCGAACAUGUUCCCGAGAAACGCAACGUUAUCUUAGAUCGAAGAAAGUGUGAUGUGUGGAAUAGGCGUGUAUCUGCAGCAGUAUUAAUAUGAUCGAUUACUUUUGUACAUCUUGUAUAUAAAAUUGGGUAUAUGUAACUAAGGUAAUGCUAGAGUAGUGUAAAAAAGCAAGUGUUUUGCGAGCGAUUAUCAACGGUUACUGGCAAAAAAUUGCUAUACUAAUUUCUGUAUGUUAUUUACACGAAAACAAUGCCUGUUGCGGCACAAUUGCGACAAUAGUUUGUGAUAUUUUUUUUUUCUUCUUGUAUAAUUUAAAUAUUAUAUUUAAUACAUAAUUUACUGGUAACGUUCGAUUUGAAAUUGUACAAAACAAGAAUAAAACAACGGCUGUAUACAAACAUCAAUACCUUGUACCGCGUAUUUUUAAACGCGUCUUAAAUAUCGAAAAUAAUUUUUUAUAAACGUUUCGAAUGUAAAAAUAUAAAUCGGUCGGUGCCAUACGCAAACGACACGACGUCGCAUGUUGCUGGUCGGAAUUUUUAACGGUGUACGGUUCUUAUAGAGAAAAAAAAUAGUAUGAUAAUCUUUUCUUUUUUACGAGAAUAAACGUUUAAAUGCUGCGGGGAAAGAAACACACUUGUACAGCUUGCUAAUUUUUUGCAAUGUUUACUCCUCGAUAAACGUUGUACACGUCGAUUCGUCGCUUAUACAAAAAGAUCAUCGCGGAGUGCAGCUAUACACGGUAACACAUGAUUCUUAUCUUACACGAGAUUCAACAAUAAUCGAGUAAAAAAGCCGUCCGCGUUUGGUCAACGCGGUAACAAAGAUUGGUAAAAUACAGAGUGUUCGAGAAUUAUGGCGCACAACGAAACAUUUAAAUUUCUCACACCUAAUAGAAAUCGAACAAUUCUUCCAUCAUUUUGCGAUCUAAGAAUGUUUUUUUUUUUUUUUUUUUUUGAAUGAGACAGGAUAAUACUUAAUUUCGGGCACGAAGACAAGGGAUCUAUAGAUCGAACGUCGCGCCUGGAUAAAGCGGAAAACAGCUAUUAUAAGAUUUAUACAACUAUACAGAAAAAUAGUGCAGAUAAAAAGUAACUAUUUUAACACUUUUCUACAUCCACGUAAUUCGCGAAAAUGGUCUAUUUGCUUAAAUUUCUUCUUCGAACAUUCGAGAUGAAAAUACCCAUAUACGCUACUUGUGUCUUGUACAACGAAAAUUGUUAUUCGUUUAAGUAAUGUAGUCGCGUCUUUUAACUUGUAUAUAUAUGUAUAUAUAUUAUUACAAAUAUUUCCUGUUGAAACGUGUAAAUAAAAGUUAAAAUCCUUAAAAAAUAACGAUUGAAUUCUUAGUCUUUUAUCAAACAGACACAUAACGCACGAGGGAACAAAAAUAAUAGUGACGGACUUGAAAAUUUAUUUCUAUUCUCUUUCUAUCCUUUACCCAGCUGAUACUGGCCCGAUAUCAAAAGUGACGCGUUCCUUCAACAGAUUUAUUUAAAAAGAAAAAUCUGUUACUUAAAUUUUGUCAUGUUUACAUUUAAAGUAGCGUUUUAUUAUUAACUAUUAUAAGAAAGAAAUACUUUCAUUGUAUAACAUUUGGAUCAGGAUUGAAAGGGGUCCGAACGAAGUACUUUUUACAAUCAUUUUCAUCGAAGGGGCACCACACUCCGAUGGUUUAAUAUUAUUCUAAUAAACAUAUGAAGUAGAAGGAGGAAGGGGUGGGAGGGAAACCUCACGAUGUGACACAGUCAGUCUUCAAAAUCUCAGAUCUCCGAAUCGAAAUUGUUUGCACGUUGAAAAAGGAAGCCUCUUGCAAAAUGAAAAAGUGCUUUUCGAUUUCCAUCUGUUCCAUAAUUUUGGAACGCUCUGUACGUAAUACGAUAUAUAGUGAUAUACAUAAUAUAAUCUAAUAAUCUCUAUCUGUAUAACAUAUAAUUUGCAUAUAAAUAAUAAAUAGAAAACGAGGAGCGGGGGGCUGAUGAUUAGCUUGGUAAGACUUUAGCAGUAAAUUGCCAUUACGAACAUUCAUAGGACUAUUGGGGGGGAGAGAGAGAGAGAAGGGGGGCUGGUGAUAAUGACCAAACAAAGUGAAGAAUAAUAGAGAACAGUGAAAGAACUAACAAUAAUAAUUGUGAAUAUACAACUGAUUCAUUUGGCAUAGUAGUCUAGAGC